AUGAUUAGAUCAAAUUUGAGACAUUUCAGAAGGUUCAAGUCUGACAAGUUCUCUUCAAUUGAAGAGUUUAACAAGAAGAAGACAAAAUAUUCAUAUGGUUAUAAUUUUGACUCAUUGAAAGAUAUAGAUGAAUCUAUUCAACCACCAAAACCAGAACCAAAAGAUGAUCUGAUGGAUAUAAAUCAAGUACUAGAAAAGGAUCCCAGAUUGCUCAAGUUGAAACCUGGAUCUCAUGAAUAUCGUGAAACUUUACAUCAACUACAUCAAGAAUUUCUUAUAAAUUCCAAGAAACAACACAAGAGGUUUGAGUUUAAUGAAAGAAUGAAAGGGGUGUUUUUUGGAUUAGUUGCAUUGAUUGGAGUUGUUUCUGCACAUCAAAUAUUCAUGAAUCGUAAAUCUAUUAAGAACAGAUUAUUAAUGAAUUAUAAAUAUGGUGAUGUAAUUGAUGAACCACCAAAACCUGUUAAGAAUGUUAAAAGUACAAAACAUUUAUUAGAAAAGUUAGAAAAAGAAUUAAGUGAUGUAAAUUUAGCUAAUAUGAAAAGUAGUCAAGAGCCAGGAGUUUAUUACUUUGGGGAUAAUGUUAAAAUACCAGUUAGAAUACCAGAAUUUGAUGGCGUAUAUAUAAAAGAUGCCUAUGUUGAAAGAAAUAACAUCAUUGCUAUAACGGAUAAAGGAAAAGUGUUACAAUGGCAAAAGGGAUCAUUAAAGCAACUUGAGUUACCUAAUAAUGUCAUCAAAAUUGCGCCAACGAAAGAUAAUUACUACUUUUUAACCAGUAGUGGUGAGAUAUUGUAUAUUCCAAGAAAAAUUGAUACUGGAUUUAUACCUAUGUUAAAAAGGAACUGGUUUGGCAUGUUGAAAAUCCAACUGUUUAGUAAAGUUCAAAACGUAAGCAAUAUAAGUCAGGUAUGUUCAGGAGUUGAUCAUUUAUUAUUAUUGAAUAAAACAGGUCAAGUUUCAGUUAUAAAUACAUCUAAAAACCCUACGAAUUAUGGUCAAUAUGGUCCUACUUAUUCACCAUUUGACAAAAAGAAAAUUCCAAUCAAUGAAAUAAUUGAUUUACCGAUUUUGAAUUAUCAAUUGGAUAGUACUGGGGCACUUGUUGAAAGAAAAUUCGAUUCUAUAGCUAGUGGUGAUUAUUAUAAUAUAAUUAGUGAGAAAAAUUCGGUUUGGAGUUGGGGUGAUAAUAAAUUUGGUCAAUGUGGUAUAAAUAAUAGUAUAACUACCAUACCAAUUCCUAAAGAAGUUUUCAAUAAAAAAGAUCUUAAAAGAAUUUUGAAAACUAAAAUUUAUGAACCAUUAAAAGUAUUUGCUGGUCCAUCGACAUCAUACUUAUUACUUGAUAAUCAAUAUCUAUUGGCAUUUGGAAGUGGUAUAAAUGGAGAAUUGGGUAGUGGUAGAUAUCUUCAAGUAUGCUCAUAUCCAGAAAUAGUCAAAGGACAAUGGAGUAGUCAAGAGUUUGAUGAGAAAACAAACUCCGUUAAACCAAUUGGUAUAAAAGAGAUAUCAGUAGGGAAUCAUCACUUACUUGUACAAAUAAAUUCAGGUGAUAUUCUUGCUACCGGAUCCAAUGAUUUUGGUCAAUUAGGUAAUGGUAAGAAAAUCAAAAGUUGUAAAACUGUAAAUAUUCCAAAAUUAUUAGAACCUGAAGAUGGUAAAGAUAAAUUAAAACUUGCUCAAAUUAUAAACGAUACAACGACAAAGAGAUUGCAGUUACAAAACCACCAGAAAUUUUUAGCUGGAAAUGAUGCGUCUAUAAUAUACUCAUGUAAAUAA